CACAAAGCAGAGGAACCUUUACCUUGCCUUGCCACGUAGUUGCCUCCUUUUUCCAACAUCUGCACCGUCUCGAUUCCUCCUCCCCCAAUUUCAUUCUCUUCUCUAUAAAUCUUCCCUUUCCCCCCUUCCUCAUUUCCGGUCGGUUCACGGGACUCUCCGUUACCCACUUCAAUUCAAGCAUCGUCCUGUGAAACGGGCUUCCUUCUCUGCUUCUUCUAAGAUUUUGGAAGUGCAGCUCGCUCGUUCACGAUGUCAUCUCCAAGCAAAAGGAGAGAAAUGGAUGUCAUGAAAUUGAUGAUGAGUGACUACAAUGUGGAGAUGAUAAAUGAUGGACUAAAUGAAUUCAAUGUGGACUUCCAUGGUCCCAAACAAAGCUUAUACGAAACUGGCGUUUGGAAAAUUCGUGUCGAGCUUCCUGAUGCAUAUCCAUAUAAGUCUCCUUCGAUCGGUUUCGUGAACAAGAUCUUCCACCCAAAUGUUGAUGAACUAUCUGGUUCUGUGUGCUUGGAUGUGAUUAACCAGUCUUGGAGUCCGAUGUUCGAUCUUUUAAACGUUUUCGAGGUUUUUCUUCCUCAGCUUCUCCUUUAUCCGAAUCCUUCAGACCCGCUUAACGGCGACGCAGCAUCGCUUAUGAUGAAGGAUCGGAAACAGUAUGAUGAGAAAGUUAAAGAGUACUGUGAACGAUUCGCGAAGAAGGAGAAUGACAUUAAAUGCACAUCAGAAGACGAGAGUGAAGAGGAUGAAAUGAGCGAUAACGAAAGUGGUUCAAGCGACGACGACGACGACGUUGCUGGACAUGCCGAUCCCUAACGGGAAGUGAAGGCAAGGCAAGGCUAGGCAUUAUAUGAUAUCAAUGAUUUCUUCUUCUCCAUUUAGCAGCAGCUACUGGAUUUCGAUGUUCGGGUUUCUAUGUUUUGACUGGUUUGUAUGAUUAUAGUAUCGAAAAUGGCGAACCUAAGUGUUAGAUUAUUAGUAGAUUUUCAUUCAAAUGUACGAGCAGACAGUCCAGUAGGGGACAAAGAUUAAAGCAGCAACCUUACAAUACUUUUAUCAGUUAAUCAAAUAGACUUCAUACGA